ACCUUCUGGGUUUUAAGCCUUUAGAAAAAAAAUAAAAAAGGCUGUAAUACAGCUCGUUCUGUAGAUUGCUGAAAACAUUUCUUCUCUUUCUUUACAAAUUACAAAUUUUAAUUAGGUAUAGUGGUCUAAAUUCUUCAGGGGAAUCUUCUCCUCUCUUUUCCCCUUUCAUUUUGUGGGAAUCAUAACCCCACGUUGCUCAAAGAAUUCCCUGCUCAAUUCACAAUUUAUCCGGGUGAACCCAAGGUGGAAGCUCAAAGAAUCCCCUGCUUAAUCUCAAUGGUGUAAUGUCCAUUGCAAAGCUUUUGAGUUUUGGGAAAUUUUGAAUAUGGGAGCUCUGAAUUUUUUAUGGGACACUGCGAAGAAGUCUUUUACUGCUGGAUUGAUUACGCUCACUGUUUCAGACCGAUAUGCUAGUAUUGCCCCUAUACGAGGACUUUCAAUGCAUCCUACGUUCAACCCUAACAAGAGUACUUUUAUGGGAUUACCAGUGGAUGAUCGUGUGCUGAUUGAAAAAUUUUGUCUAGAGAAGUACAAAGUUUCACAUGGUGAUGUGAUUGUUUUUCGGUCUCCAAUCAACUACAAGGAGAAACACAUAAAAAGAGUAAUUGCUUUGCCUGGUGACUGGAUACAAAUUCCCAAUUCAUACGAUACAAUAAGGAUUCCUGAUGGACAUUGUUGGGUUGAGGGGGAUAAUUCUGCCUCAACUUUGGACUCGAGAUCAUUUGGCCCGAUUCCAUUAGGUUUACUUCAAGGAAGGGCGACGCAUAUUGUUUGGCCUCCUCAAAGAGUUGGUAAAGUGGAACAGAAAAUGCCGGAAGGGAGACUACGACCAUACUGAUUCUUUUCAUUUUUGUUCAAAUUCUUGUCCGACCUAAAUUGUAAAGAGUUGGUAAAGUAGACCAGAGUGCCAAGAUGCACAAAAACCUACCUUUGACAAACUGUCAGAUAUAACCAGAGAUGACUAUGGCUAUGGGAGUAAAUUUUUGAAUAGGUAAUUUAUUUUAUUUUUUUCUUGUAAGAAAUACUUUAUGACAUUCCAUGAAACAGUGAAGUCCACGUUCUGCGGCA